UGUCAUAUAUAUCGGAGUCAUCCUUCGAUUCCGUUUCAGUCAUACUUUAACGCUCGCGUUUAUCAGUUCAUGAAACGGUUUACACAGUAUACUGGCACUUGGCGUUUGUGAACUCGAUUGACCGGGUGCUAGCGCCAUUUCUGGCUUGCACGCUCGCUUAAUUAUUCCAAGUUCUGGGACAAGGAGACGCACAGAAAAUGAUAACGACGGAUCUCAAUCAGAUUGUUAUCACAGCACUAAGCUUGCUUGUCGGUGGCUUUCUCCUCACUGGAAGUCGUCGACAGGUUAUUUACGUGCUCUACAAGACGCUACCCAGAGAUAUUUUGGGUAUUUUUCGAUUUCUUCAAGUUAACUUACGUCUUUGGUGGUGGGAGAAACGUGAUUAUACUGUUGCAAAGAUUUUCUCAAAGUAUGCGGCAGCUCAUCCAAAUAAAAUCGCUUACAUAUUCGAGGACAAAGAGUGGACAUAUGAACAGCUGGAACACUACAGUAAUCGCGUUGGACGUUAUUUCCGCACCAGGCCAUUUUCUCAUUUUGAUAGUAUAGCUCUCUUCAUGGAAAAUCGGCCUGAAUACGUCGCUACCUGGUUGGGUCUUAGCAAAGCUAGUUUUGUAGCAGCUUUAAUCAACACAAAUCUUCGACACGAUGUUCUUGUGCAUAGCUUAAACGCUGCCAACUGCAAAGCUAUCAUUUUCGGGGCGGAAUUUAAAGAAGCGAUUCGUGACAUCAAGGGUAAAGUACCUGACAUUGAACUUUAUCAAUGGUCUGAGUCGGCGGACACACCGAUUUUGGAAGGUGCAAUAGAUGUUAAUACGGAAAUCAGCAGCGUUGGUUCUGGGCCUCUCGUUCUAAUUGACUAUAGCAAUCCCCGGGACAAAUUGAUUUACGUCUAUACGUCUGGAACGACGGGAAUGCCAAAGGCUGCUGUUAUCAGCAAUUUAAGGUUCAUGUUCAUGACAUGUGGCCCAAACGCCAUGUUUAAUCUACAAUCGGAUGAUCGAAUUUACAAUCCUUUGCCUCUUUAUCACAGCGCAGGUGGUAUACUUGGCGCUGGUCAAGCACUCGUGAGAGGUGUUACAGUCGUGCUUCGUAGAAAAUUUAGUGCGUCCAAGUAUUGGUCGGAUUGCGUUCAUUAUGAAUGUACUGUAGGGCAAUAUAUUGGAGAAAUAUGCCGUUUUCUUCUUACAGUCCCACCAAGCGAAUACGAUAAGAAGCAUAAAGUGCGCUUAAUGUUGGGAAAUGGUCUGAGACCGCAAAUUUGGGAAUCUUUUAUUAAGAGAUUUGGUGUGAAGCAAAUAGGCGAGUUUUAUGGGGCCACUGAAGGAAUCUCAAAUCUCGCCAAUAUUGACAAUAAAAUCGGUGCUGUUGGUUUUAUGCCAAGAUAUGCUACUAAGUUGUAUCCAGUUGCACUAUUAAAAAUUGAUGAAGAGACAGGAGAGUUAUUGAGGGGACCAGAUGGAUUAUGCAUCACGUGUAAACCUGGUGAGCAUGGUAUUUUUGUGGGUAAAAUCAAUCCAAAGAAAGUGAUGAACGACUUUAACGGUUACGCGGAUGCAAAGGCUUCAGAGCAAAAGAUUAUACAUGAUGUUUUCAAGAAGGGCGAUCGCGUGUUUAACUCUGGUGAUAUUUUAGUCAUGGACGAACUUGGAUACUUUUACUUCAAAGAUAGAACUGGUGAUACAUUCAGAUGGCGAGGUGAAAAUGUUGCUACCUCGGAAGUAGAGGCUGUCGUAAGCAACGUGAUAGGCCUCAAAGAUACAACUGUAUUUGGUGUCGAGGUACCUGGAAACGAGGGUAAAGCAGGAAUGGUAGCUAUUUACGAUCCGGAAAAUUCCUUGGACUUGAAAGGAUUGGUAGGAAAGUUGAAGAAAGUUUUGCCGAACUACGCCAUACCUCGUUUUCUUCGUAUUGUAUCGGAAUUGCCAAUGACUGGAACAUUUAAAUUGAAAAAGAUGAAUCUUCAAAAAGAUGGUUUUGAUGUUAAAAAGAUUAAAGAUCCAAUUUAUUUCCUUAGUAAUGAUACCUACGUAAGGAUGACUGAUGAACAUUACAAUAAUAUUGUCGAAGAAAAAAUCCGAUUAUAAUUCUUCCUUGCGGCAUAUUUUCUCAUGGAAAAACAUUCUUUCUAAGAUAAAAUGGGGGAUUAAACUUACUGUUAGGGUAAAACGUUUUUACGAUGUUAAGUUUCCAGUGUUAGUAAAUUAAUCUACUUAUUGUUAGUCACUAUUUUGUGGACCAAUACAGCAGCAUGUUUUCUUUCAAAAACGCAUACUCGUAUGCACAGAAACACGUGCUGUUUCGAAGAACAAAAUAACAUGAGGCACAUUUUCCAUUAGAAUAAGUAUCAUGACUGAUACUUCAUAAUUUAUGAAUUAUUUGUAUAUCAUGCAGAAUCACAACAAUGUGAAUAUUCCAGUGUAAAUUGCAAAAUAGCAUAGAUGAUUCACUUAAUUAUGAAAAAAACAAGAGAGAGAAAGAGGAAAUCUAUUUUUUAGUUAUAUGUUUUAGAUAGUUGUAUUUUCUUAAUUGUAUUCCUUGCUUUAUUUAAUUUAAGUUUAGAAAGAACCAAUUAAGCGCGUUUUAUUUUGUAUUUGCAGAUAUUUAACAGCAAGUUUAUUAUAAAAACUUUAUAGUAAUUUUAGUAAAUGACUAUAAUGUAAUGCAAGAAUCUUAAUGGAUAUAAAAGAGAACGAACAGCAAGAAAACAAUAUCAAGAAUAACUUUUUCCAUCUAGAUUUUAUUGCUAACUAAUUGCAAAACUUAUUAAAUUUUUGAGUUGUAAUUGUUUAUUUAUUAAGAUUUACAUGUGUAUUUUGCUUCCAAUAAUUGAAAAAAAGUUUUAAAUUAAAACAUCGAAAAUUUGCACAAACGCAACGAUUGAUAUCUUACUUUCUUUCUGUACAUAUAAAUUUAUAUACCAAAUUGUAACAUCGAUAUAACGUAAUUAUAAUGUCUAUAUAAGUUAACUAUAAAGUUGACAUAAAUUAUAUUAAUUAGUCGAUUAGUUUACGGAUAUUAAAUCAUUUUGUUAACUUAAAUUUUUGACAUUUAAAAGGUCCGUAUACCUGAAAAUCAUAUCACGUAAUCAAUAUUGCAUUAUGUUAUAAAUUAAAAUUUAUCUGAAAGUGGUAGCAAAAUUUCUAUGUUUUCUUAUCGUUUUUAUAUUUCUUUAUUCUUUAGGGCAUUAAUAUUUGAGAAAUAACACGGUAAUAUAAUUGAUUGUAUACUCUUGGUUUUGUGUGCAAUCUACAUCCGUCUUGUAAUUCUCAUUAUACAUGUAAGUAGUAUACAUAUACAUAUACAUCCCACAUAGCACAAUAGUUUCAAAAAAUUUGUUUCUU